CGCGCUCUCAUUCCCUUCUGCGUAGCGACGCUAGAGUGUGUUCCGGAGCUAGACUCGGCACACAUUUUAUUAUCAAAAAACAAAAAACUAAAAAAAUAAACACAGGGGAAGAAUAUUUUUGUAAGAAAAAAAAAAACUCGGUGAAGCAGGACUAACAAGUAACCCGUCGAAAAUAGGACGAGAAUUCGAAGAAGGCCAUUUUGCUCCCUUGAUAACAUUAUCGUUGAAGGCGUGGGUGAUUUCAUAUUGAUAGCUAGCUAACUGCUGCGGAAAAAAAUACUUUUUUUUUUUUAUAGAUAUAACUAGCAGUUUAUCGGAAUUGUCGAUAUCGCAUCUGUUGUUAUUGUAACGUUAACUAGUCGUAGUUUAAGAAUAUUGUAACUACUAGCAACUUUAGUCCGAAAUUAUUUUCCCAGAAGGUAACGUUAGCCGGCCCGCAUUGCUUUUUAGGCCUGAUUGCGAGGUAACGUUAAACCUUUUUAGCAAAUAACGAAUCUUCGGCGUCACCAGAGACCAUUUUGCAGACGUUAGCCUGACAACGUAACGUUUUUUUUUCCCCCCAGCGUAUUUUUAUUUAAAAACGUCGUCUUGACAAAACAAGCCAGCAGACAUGAAUCCGAGCGCGCCCAGUUACCCGAUGGCCUCACUCUACGUCGGCGACCUGCACCAGGAUAUCACCGAGGCCAUGCUGUACGAGAAGUUCAGCCCCGCCGGGCCUAUCCUCUCCAUUCGAGUCUGCAGGGACAUGAUCACUCGUCGAUCCCUCGGAUAUGCCUACGUUAACUUCCAACAGCCAGCCGAUGCUGAACGUGCCCUGGACACCAUGAACUUCGACGUCAUCAAGGGGAGACCUCUGCGCAUCAUGUGGUCUCAGCGCGACCCUUCCCUGAGGAAGAGUGGGGUGGGCAACAUCUUCAUCAAGAACUUGGACAAGUCCAUUGACAACAAGGCCCUCUACGACACCUUCUCGGCCUUCGGCAACAUCCUCUCCUGCAAGGUGGUUUGUGAUGAGAAUGGCUCAAAGGGCUAUGGCUUUGUGCACUUUGAGACCCAGGAGGCUGCUGAAAGAGCCAUUGAGAAAAUGAACGGCAUGUUGCUCAAUGACAGAAAAGUGUUCGUCGGACGCUUCAAAUCCCGCAAAGAGCGCGAGGCCGAGCUUGGAGCCAGAGCCAGAGAGUUCACCAAUGUGUACAUCAAGAACUUUGGAGAAGAUAUGGAUGAUGAGAAGCUGAGGGAGCUGUUUGGGAAAUAUGUUCCGGGACCGGCCCUGAGCAUCAGGGUGAUGACGGACGACAGCGGGAAGUCCAGAGGGUUCGGCUUCGUCAGCUUUGAGAGGCAUGAGGAUGCUCAGAGGGCUGUAGAUGAGAUGAACGGGAAGGAUUUUAACGGCCGUCAGGUCUACGUGGGCCGCGCCCAGAAGAAAGGAGAGCGCCAGACGGAGUUGAAACGCAAGUUUGAACAGAUGAAACAGGACCGCAUGACCCGCUACCAGGGGGUCAACCUGUACGUCAAGAAUCUGGACGAUGGCCUCGACGAUGAGCGUCUAAGGAAGGAGUUCUCUCCCUUCGGUACCAUCACCAGUGCCAAGGUGAUGAUGGAGGGUGGCCGCAGCAAGGGCUUCGGCUUCGUGUGCUUCUCCUCCCCCGAGGAGGCCACCAAGGCUGUGACGGAGAUGAACGGGCGCAUCGUGGCCACCAAGCCGCUGUACGUGGCGCUGGCUCAGAGGAAAGAGGAGCGCCAGGCUCACCUCACCAACCAGUACAUGCAGAGGAUGGCCACCGUCCGGCCCGUACCCAACCCAGUCCUCAACCCCUACCAGCCUGCCCCUCCCUCUGGGUACUUCAUGGCUGCCAUCCCCCAGACUCAGAACCGUGCCGCCUACUACUCCACCAACCAGCUGGCUCAGCUGAGACCAGGCCCACGCUGGGCCACCCAGGGUGUCAGACCACAGCACUUCCAGAACAUGCCCAACGCCAUGCGUCCGUCCGCCCCCAGACCCCAGACCUUUGGCGCCAUGAGGCCCUCGUCCUCUCAGGUGCCACGCAUGAUGGCCGGCCAGAGAAUGGCCACCCAGGCCCUGGGCCAGCGGCCUGCCGGGGCGGCGGCUGCAUCCCCGGUGAGGAUGCCCCAGUACAAGUAUGCAGCAGGCGUGAGGAAUCCCCAGCAGCACAUGGCCAGCCAGCCCCAGGUAAUGCAGCAGCCGGCUGUCCACGUCCAGGGGCAGGAGCCUCUGACUGCCUCCAUGCUGGCCGCUGCUCCUCCACAGGAACAGAAGCAGAUGUUGGGUGAGCGCCUGUUCCCCCUCAUCCAGAACAUGCACCCCAGCCUGGCUGGAAAGAUCACUGGCAUGCUGUUGGAGAUAGACAACUCUGAGCUGCUCCACAUGCUGGAGUCUCCCGAGUCUCUCCGAUCCAAGGUGGAUGAGGCUGUCGCUGUGCUGCAGGCCCACCAGGCCAAGGAGUCCGCCCAGAAGCCCACCAACCCUGCUGGAGUCCCCAGCUAAGAACUGAGACGGAAAUCCUUAACUUGCUUCACCGAAGAAAAUUUUAGAAAAAAUUUAAACAUGGAAAAAAACGGAAAACUCUGAAAACAUCGCAAAAUGAUAAAGUCUUUCUUUACAAAAAUGAAUACACGUUCUGCCAGGUCUAGAGAAGAUGAAGCUAGUCCUUGUUAUUAAAAGUACAAAAGUUGACAAAAAAAAUUGCAAAGCUAUCAAUUAAUUGAAAACGUUUGACAAAUGUGACCACAACAUUCCAUUGUUCUAUUUCCUCUUCCUGUCAGUACUCAGAAUAUCAGCUGUUCAGAGAUAACAGAUAGCUGACUACUUUGAAAAGUCAUUUGGAUUGAAAACUGCUUAAUAAAGCGAUCAAACACUUAAAA